AUGCAGCAGACGGCUGGCAACAACUACCGACCAACUGUCGACGGUUAUUUUCAGUAUGCUGAUGGCGGCGUGGAUGAAGGCUUCCUGGCCCGAGAGAGCUGCUAUGAGGCGAAUUUGUAUCUUAAUUCAAUGUAUCCGCGGACAGAUUUCAAAGCUUUGGGGUGCAUUUGGCACCCACCUCCAUGGAAUCAAAGACUUCGACUCGGGGAAGCAAAGAACCCAGGACCCCAACAAUCUAUGAUGACGAUUUCGGCAUUGAACGUUCAAUUCCUGAAUGGGUUCUUGGAAGAGGGCCGCUUCAUUCAAGAUGUGGACGUGGCGGUAUAUUCGGAGACAGCUGCAACCAGCUUUGUGCAGCAGAAGGCGACCAAGGUGGCACACUCAUCUGGGAGGCAUCUGGUGCGCAGCAAGGCAGUGGCCAAUCGAUCGUUCGCUGACGGACGGCUCUGCGUGACAAAAGGUCAGGCAUCCGGCACUGCCAUAUUGUCCACAUUGCCUACAAGGCCGGUUCGUUCGGCAUGGACACCAGAGUGUUGGAACACGGGAAGAGUGGUGGAUUCCUUUAUACUAACUUCUGUUGGUAUGGUCUACAUAUGUGCAGUUUAUGGAUUACACCAAGGACUACCGGAUGCAAACCUGCACAAUGAAGACAUUCUUCGUGAAGUUGGGCAAAGAGCUUCCCUGCUCAACUGCCCUGCCAUCAUUCUGGGUGACUUGAACACCGACAUCCAAGGUCUUCUGGCCUGGCAGAUACUUCAAGAUCAAGGAUGGCAGGAUGCUGCCUUAUGGCAAGAGUUCAAAGAUGGCAACCCUCCGGCCAAUACCUACAAAGAGGAAACCAGGAUUGAUUACAUUCUUGUCAAUGCUACGGCGGCCAUGGCCCUUCGAUCUUUCUCUGUUUCAAUGCAGCCUGAAACAGACCACAAAUCGGUGUCAGCAGUUUUCGACUGGUCAGUGCUACCUACGAAGAUUCAACAUUUCCGGAUGCCUUCGGAAGUGACAGUGUCUGGUCUUUCUGAAGACGAGCUCCGCCAUGCCUAUGUACCGUCGUUUCUCCUGGCUCGACUACGAGAUGCUUUGGAAGCACAGGAUGUGGACUCGGCCUGGAAUUUCUUUGCUGAAGCAUAUGAAGGCGCAGUUGCUUAUGCUACACAGAACAAGACAGGACAGCAGCUGCCCAAAAGCUUCUAUGCCAGAGCCAAAGGAAGACUUCAUGAAGCUCCUCAUGUUGAAACCCAAGUACCAUAUGCAAGGUUGGGUGAAUUUCAGCCGACUGGAGAAGAGACUAACUUGACCCUUAGACAGAGGAUCCGCCAAGUUCGCCGUAUUGCUACAUAUGCUGCUCAAUCUGAAGCGAUGCACAGAUACCACCCUGGAACAGAUCUUUGGCAGCGAGCAAAUGUGGCUAGACAGAAGACCUGGGCUGCUGUGGUGUCCUCUUCGGGUUUCAGCGGUCCUUUCCAGAAGUGGUGGAUGGAGCAACAUCGUGACGAGUUUCCUCUGGGAUUCCCUUCUGUGGCAGUUGCUAGGGCUAUGCUUCAAGUUCUCAAGAAGGAUGAGAUUCAUUGGAGACAACAUGCUAGGAAACUUCGUUCACAACACACCAGCAAAGUUUUCCAUGAUGAUUGGAAGUUAGGAGGAGCCAAGCACUUCAGUGCUAUAAAGCCCCCUGGCAUGCCUAGAGUGGACUCCCUGGAUGUUUCAUCUACUCACCGGGUGCAACUUUGCAGGGCCCGUGGAAAAAAGAGGACGACUUUCCUUGUGAGAGAUGAUGAUUUGCAGUGUAUCAGGGUAGGAUGCAGAUGGUCACAGGGAUCCUCGACGGCUACUGUUUCUAAAAUUGUGCAAGGCAAGAUCCAUUUGGCGAAUGUUUGUGGCACCUUCAAAUCUGGAAGUAUACUACAGUACAGGCCUACGGCCAUGCCGCAUGAGAUUACCCAGGUGGCGGGAGAAUAUUGGAGAUCUUUCUGGAAUACAAAGAAGCACACUCAUGCACAAGAUGCUGAGAUCCAGAAUGCCAUUGAUGCUUUACCUGAUUUACCGGACCUUGACAUUAACAUCGAUCAACAGGACUUGGUGGCCAACCAGCUUGACCCGCGCAAGGAUGGCACUUCUACACAAGACACAGGUGGUGGGAGACGUAUCCUCAACAAGGCCUAUUACGAUUUUGGCAUCGGUUUACAGGCUCUGGGCCAAAAUCGUCACGAGAAAGAUGUUACAACACGUCACCCCCCACCUUCCUACUACUUUAUUUGGAUCAGUGCCAGGGAGAUGUUCCGGAGAUAUGGUUGCUAUGGUGCAAACAAGUCAUUGGUGGGAGUCCCGGAGGGGUGUCCUAUUGCAGUUGGCCAGAUGAUCUUAUUGACGUGGGUUUUUACCUUGGCCAUGAAACAGGAAUCCGAAACGGCCUUAUAUUCCUAUGUGGAUGAUUGGAUCUUGCUCACUUCGGAGACGGAGCCACUAAUCAAGGCGAUCUUCAAGAUACAAUCUUUGGCUACCAAGUUUGGGCUUAUUCUGUCUCUUAGCAAAUCGGGAGUUUUUGCUACGAAUCAGAAGCUGGCGAAGCAGUUGCAAGGGACAUUGGCACAUCAAGGAAUCACAAUUGGACUGGUCAAAAACUUCAAGGGAUUGGGGGUUAACUUCCAGACGGCCAAGCAAUUGGGAACCCAACUCAGAGAUGAGAGAUGGACAAAAGCCAAGGUCCUCUUAAAACGCUUGCAGUAUAUGCCCUGGACGGAGAAGGUUAAAACGCAGAUUGUCAAUCGUGGCAUUCUCCCCCUAACUUUCUAUGGUGCACAAACUUGGAUGGCAGGGAAAGAUUUUAUUAGAGAAGUGCGAGCCAAGUGCAACGACUCUGUUUGGGGAAAGAAACAAUAUCAUUUACACUACUUGGCCCCCCUUUUCUCUGGAGCAGACUAUGAACCUAUGCUUUAUUUGGCCAAGUACAGAUUUUCCUCUUUCAUGCGUAUGGUGGCACGGGAUUUGACACUCGUGACAGAAGUGUGGAACCUCGCAAUCUCCAACAAAGCAUACUUCAAGAGAUUCACCAAGGGAACAGUGUCCCUCUUACAGUGUCAAUUGAAUGAUCUGGGCUGGGAACUCAAGCAGGAUGGUACCUGUACAUCCUGUGGUGGCUGGAUUUUCAAGAUUUGGGAUAUUUCCAUGGCACAGUUCCAGCAUUUGGUCCGAGAGGAUUGGGAACAAGGCCUCCUGCAACAUCUUCGACUCAAACAGAACAUUCAUGAUAUCCAGACUUUCUCGGCCUACAGAUCUCAAUACCCCUCCUUGGCGGAUCCUAUGCUGGAAGGUUUCAUGCGAAAGGUGCGCUUAGGAGGACUUUUUCCACAAAGGCGAAGAUCCCAUGUCAAUGAUGCCCAAGAUGACACUUGUCAUUUCUGCGGGGAGGUGGAUACACUCAAACACAGAGUUCACUAUUGUCCUGCAACCUACUCUGUCCGUCAGUCCCCGGACUGGGAGGAAGUUUCAACACAAUUGGAUUCCGUGCUUUUGGCAGGCCUCUUUCAGAAACUCCCUGGGUUUGACAAGUACCAACAGCAAUUAGAUGCUCUGGGGCACCCGGAUAUCGUUUGCCCUUCCUUUGAUUCCCCGAGGUAUUCUCUUUUUACGGAUGGAUCAGCUUCACAUGGCAACUGUCCUUUUCUAAGACUUUGUGGAUGGGCUGUUACUUGUGCUCAUGGUGAUGGGCCAAAGAACACAGUUCUGACUGCGGGUUUGUUACCUGGAGGGAAACAGACGGUGUUUAGAGCAGAAUUCCAAGCCGUGAAUGUUGCAAUCGCUUCUGCCCCAUGUGUGGACGUCUACACCGACAAUCAAGCAGUUGCACGUAUAGUCAAUCAUCUCUUGGUCUCUGGUUAUUGUAAUGAAAGAUGGUUUACGCAUCCUGACCGAGGUCUUAUCGUUACAUGCUCCAGGCUGCUUGCAAGGAAAGCCAGAGGUGAUGUUACUGUUACUUGGGUCAAGGCGCACAGAGCCAUUACUUCGGCAGCCAACAAUCGAGAUUUAUGGCUGAUACACCACAAUGCUGCUGCUGACUCUGCUGCACAGCAACCGCUACUUCAUAUACCGCCACUGCUUGCUGGCCCACGUUCUGAACUCAAUGCUCGUUUGCUGUCAGAUGUGGCCAUCAAAUACAAGGCUUGUAAAAUCCUGCGAAUGGUGAUGGAUGAGUUCCCCUGA